AUGGCCGACGUGUCCAAACAGAGCGAUGGGCCCGGUCCGUGGGACCCUGCAGCAUGGGACCCCUCGACCAUGCCAGAUUUCGACAAUGAUUUCAUAGGAGAGGACGACGUCCAAGAGUUCGCCAAAGCCCUCGCCGCUCCCGAUUUUACUUCUCCUUCCGAAGACGAUCUUCUGAACCCCUCGAGUCAGCCUCCACAGUUCUUUACCGCUCUCAACGACUGGGCCCCUGUACGCAAGAAGGUCAAAGGCCGCCAGAACCAAAGGAGUGCAAAGAAGAAGCGUGCACCUCGUCGAGGUAAGGACGAGACAAGAGAAGGAUGGACAUACAGCCUGCUCAAAUGGCCGCUGCUUUUUGUCGUCCUGGGCUGGAUCACCGCCUUAGGAAUCUCAUAUCUGUUCACACGUCUGUACAUUGGCCUGUAUGAACACCUCGUCUCAUGGCGGGGAAAGCGUGAACAGAUACGCGCCAGUUUACGCCACAUGUCAAACUACCAGGACUGGAUCAGAGCCGCCGAAGAGCUUGACAGCCACUUGGGCAGUGAAAAGUGGAAGGCCACCGAUGAGUACGCUUAUUACGACAGCAAGACUGUCCGUCGCGUCAAACAUCGCCUGCAAUCCUUGAAAGCAAAAGUACAGGAGGAAGUCCUCAGCCCACCUACCAUGUCUCCCAUGUCUCCUGGCACGCGUGCUGUCGACGAGCUCAGAGGCCUUGUCGAAGCCUGUGUCAAGAACAACUUUGCCGGCUUCGAAAAUCCCCGUCUCUACUCGGAGACAUAUUACGGAACCAAGAAUCUCGUGCAGGAAUUCAUUGAUGAAGCUUCGGAUAGCAUUAAGCUCUUACUAGACUCGGACCAGCUUUCGUUAGAAGAUAAGCGUGCCAUGGUUAAGCACCUCAGCACCAACUUUGGACAGACUGCUCUGUGCUUGUCUGGCGGAGCAACAUUUGCAUACUAUCACUUUGGUAUCGCAAAAGCCCUUUUGGAUGCUGACCUUCUGCCGUCCAUCAUUACUGGCACUUCAGGAGGUGCUCUUGUCGCUGCUUUGCUUGGCACUCGUACGAAUGAGGAGCUCAAGUUGACGCUGGUUCCUGCAUUAGCUGCCCGAAUCACUGCUUGCAGAGAGUCUUUCUCGAUAUGGUCCCGCCGUUGGUAUCAGACCGGUGCUCGCUUCGAUUCUGUCGACUGGGCUAGACGCUGUGCCUGGUUCUGCCAUGGUUCUCUCACCUUUCUGGAAGCUUUCGAGAGGACAGGUCGCAUUUUGAACGUGUCUUGCGUACCUUCAGAUCCACACUCCCCUACCAUUCUUGCAAACUAUCUGACAGCUCCUGAUUGUGUCGUCUGGUCUGCUGUCAUUGCAUCCGCAGCUGUUCCCGGAGUCCUCAAUCCAGUAGUACUGAUGAGGAAAAAGCGAGACGGCACUUUGGAGCCCUACGCUUUUGGUCACAAAUGGAAGGAUGGCUCACUACGCACUGACAUCCCGCUCAAGGCACUCAAUCUACAUUUCAAUGUCAACUUCAGCAUUGUCUCGCAAGUCAAUCCACACAUCAAUCUCUUCUUCUUCUCGUCUCGCGGUAGUGUUGGCAAACCAGUAACACAUCGACGCGGUCGAGGUUGGAGAGGCGGCUUCCUUGGCUCUGCUCUUGAGCAGUAUCUUAAAUUGGACCUGACCAAGUGGCUCAAGGUUCUUAGACAUUUGGAGUUGCUUCCACGACCUAUGGGUCAAGAUUGGAGUGAGGUUUGGCUGCAACGCUUUUCUGGCACAAUCACAAUCUGGCCGAGAUCGAAACCUUCAGACUUCUGGCAUAUCCUAGCAGAUCCAUCCAAAGAACGUCUGGCAGGCAUGAUUCAGAAUGGCCAGCAGGCCGCCUUCCCAAAACUCAAGUUUAUCGCCAACCGCAUGAAGAUUGAGAAAAUCGUGGAAGACGCGCGAAAGAAUUUGCGACCCAACCCCCACGCUCUACCAACGCCUUCUAUUGACAAGAGUCAAAUGCACGGUAUGUUGGGCCCCGACGACUUCGAAUCUAUGCUGGAGCGAGAACGCUCGAAUAGAUUUGAGCUCAAGCCCAACCUGCUAUUUUCCGAAUCGCCUGAUCUAUCGCAAAGUGGAAAGGGCUCGAGAGACCAAUCGCCGAUGGGUUCGCGUUUCGCAGAGCGUAGAACGCCUUCUCCAUCGUUUGUCAGACGCUUCAGUGCAUGGUUCGGAGGUAUACCAGCACGCGCUACCCCUGAUAAGUUGCGUCCGAGAGUUGCACAGUUGCAGCGUGAAGAAUCGCGUGACCUUGGCAGAAGAGGCAGCGUUAUUGAGGAGAUCACACGGCAGACGAGCGUGUUCUUCGCCGACCCAGAGUCGGAGAGUGAGAAAGAGGACGAAGGGGAAGAGGAUGAUGUUGCGCCUUAUGGCGGGCCUCAGCGAGACUGGCGUGACUAUGGAGACGGUGAUACCACGGCGAGUGAGGAUGAAGCAGAUGCUUACAUCAAUGGUAGCAGAAAGUCCAAGACUCUGUAG